AUGGAUGCAGCAGAGGGUUACAAGGCGCUGAGCAUCGACGACCGCCAGAUUGACGACGAGUCCGUGCUUGCCGCGUUCAUCGCAGCCACCGCCGAUGCGUCCGAACAAGAUGAAUUCUGGCGGAAAUGCCUCGAAGCGAUUGCCCUGGAACGAGAUAGCGCAACCCUCAAAGAGUACCUUCAAGGAAUCACGUCCAGUACGAAUGACGACCUUGGCUCCUCCACGCAACCUGUCGGCCUCGAGAACAUCGGUAACACUUGCUACUUGAACAGCUUGCUGCAAUUUCUCUUCACUUUGGUCGAGCUAAGACAGAUUGUCCUAGAUUUUGACCAAUACAAAAUGGAGGUGACGGAGGAGAAUGUCAACAAGAAACAAGUCGGACAGCGGAAGAUCAGCAAACGCGAGGUGCAAGCAGCCCAAGAGUUCGUCAUAACUCUUGGUAAACUGUUCCAAGGCAUGAUACAGACGCCUAAGUCGACAAUAAGGCCAGAGAAGGAGCUUGCACGGUUGACACUCGAGACCGAGAAGGCGAAGGAAGCACUGCGGCGACGGUCAACAAUUAAGACUGAUCGUCCAGACCUCAGCAACUUGGUCACGCCACCUGUACCAGCUUUGAAUGCGUCGGAAGAGUCUUCAGCCGUCCCUCGCGAAGAGAGAGAAGGUGCUCCGCCGCCUAAGAUGCCGGAAGCAUCAGAUGUCAGUAUGGGCGACAGCACUCUGUCCGAUAUUGUUCAGACUCCUCCCAGCAGCAAUUCUAGUGAGGCCACGCUCGUAUCUCGCCCAACAACGCCUGACAGCUUCGUCGUUGAGCCUGAGUCUAUUGAGAAACAGAGCGAGCUUCUGAAUAACAAGGAAAACUUCUCACCCACAAAAACAGAUAUUUCGCCGAAACAUGGCGAUGUCGAGAUGGUACACCCGGAGCCGUUACGCCCACAGUCUCCAUCCAAAGUCAAUGCCCAGGCAGGUGAUCUUGCACAACACGAAGAGAAUGUACAAGAGCCCAUGCAAUUCGCGCCGCCACCUGGAAAGCCUCCGCCAGUCCCGCCUCGCAGACCACUCGAGCCAAAAACCGACACACUGGAAGAGUAUGCACGGCAACAAGAUGUCAACGAAGUACUGGGACAUUGCUUGUUCCAAUUCUCAUACGCUAUUCAAGGGACUGGCACAGAGGCGUCCGGGGAACAGAAGGACAAGGUCCAUGAUAUGUUCUUCGGCCAGUACGCGCGCCACACUGUUCGCGAAAACGAGCAGAAAGAAUCUGUUGUGGUGGAGCCCUUCAAUGCCGCCUUGGCCAGAAUAUCGCACAAGCCAAAGGAUGUCUACGAAGCCCUUGAGUAUGAAUACGAUCUAGCGGAACGCGAAGGCGCUUCGAAAGAGUACACAUCAAUAACGCGACUGCCACCAGUAUUCAGUAUUCUUCUGAGUCGACUGGUCUGGGACAAAGAUGCGCAGCGAGCUGUGAAGCUUGACGACCAUGUUGAACUGCCAGAAACCAUCUUUCUGGACCGAUUUCUCGAGGCAGAGCCCGAUUCAGACCUCAUGCAGCGCAGACGGCGAGCAUGGUCAAUGAAAGAAGAGCUGAUACUCCUGAAGCAACGUCGAAGUCAUCUGGAAGAGAAAGUGGCUAACGGCCGCGACAUACCAACUGUGUUCACCGAAGCCAGAGCUGCUAUCGAGUGCUUGCAAAGCAAUUUGGAUUUCGUCGGUCCGGAGGACAAUCUGGAGGAGUUUGCAAGCAAUCUGGGCACUACCGCGACUCUCCUUGGUGCUAUUGGCGAAGACCUCGCUGCAGAGUCCUCCGCAGUCAACGAUCGAAUACAGCAUCUCGAGCAGCAGCUGAAGGAGUUGUACGUCGAUAUGCGAAAGCACCCCUACCGGCUACAUGCGGUCUUCUUCCACCGGGGCCUCGCCACAAGUGGCCACUACUGGGUUUACAUCUACGACCACAAGCAGGAGCGCUGGCUCAAGUAUAACGACGAGCGCGUGGACGUUGUGGGCAAUCUGCAAGAGAUCUUCGCUAAGACUGCAGGAGGAAGUCCCACGGCGCCUUACUUUCUGGUGUACAUCGAUGCCACCAAGCUCGAUCUUGUCGAGACCGUCAAACGAGAUAUCGUUCACGACGAAGUGGACACAGCUGGCGCCGCUCUCACGGAAAUUGAAGGCUGGCGGAUGGAAGACGUUCAGCAGCAUGGGCAGCCUCAAAGUCAAAUACAGGCCCUGCCGCCGCCCGCGAUCGGUCAGGAAAUGGUUCAGAUCAAUGGCGCGGGCUCCAGCACCAAUUGGAGGAAUGCCGAUCCCCGUGAUCUCCCGGAAUCGGCUACCUGGGAUGACAGCCAACUUACUAGAAACAAGCCGGUUAACUGGAGCCAAUAG